AUGGAUUCCUUCACGACGCUUCAGAAAGACAUCUCGGCCGCCCUGAAAUCGACGACACACUCUGCCUCGUGCAUUGGCAGCGCAGACAUACCCUUUCAAAGGUCGCUCAAUCCGGAAGUUGGUACGCAGCUGGACGCCCAAAAUGCGCGCCUCCUUCACAUUGCGCAACGGCUUCUCGAGAAUGCUGCAGCAAGCUCGGACGCUGUAGGUCCCAAGCUACCCGACGCAGAAGCCAUAGACGUCAAUUGGAGGGGGGUUGUUGAUGUCAUCGACAGCUUGCUUGAGAAAGCCGACACCAGUCUUGACGAGUACACGGGUCUUGCAGUUGUGAAGCCUCGCCCGAACAUUGCCGACAAGAAGAUUAUCCCGAAGCCGCAACUCAAAUUCGAACAUUUGCCAACCAACAACGAGACUGGCGGCUUCCGCCCGUUACUCACGUCAAAGCCGCAUGCAAAGAUCCCGCUAGAAGAAUGUCUGAAAACCUUCAAAGACAGGCGGGGCUUGGAACAAUACCCGCACCCCUACCAAACCGAGAUCGAACAGUACGAAUACCCACCGACCCUCUACGAGACGGCUGAGCCGCAGCAAUACGCCCCUUUUGACUCAACUACUGCUACCCUUGUCGACACACCUGAGGCGCUAGCAGCCAUGCUUGCGGAGCUCAAGACUGCAAAGGAAAUUGCCAUCGACCUGGAACACCACGAUAACCGCACUUACAUCGGCAUGGUGUGUCUGAUGCAAAUCAGCACGCGCGACAAGGACUGGAUUGUUGACACACUCAAACCCUGGCGGCGGAAGUUGGAAUGCUUGAACGAAGUCUUCGCAGAUCCGAGCAUCCUCAAGGUCCUCCAUGGCGCUUUCAUGGACAUCGUAUGGCUCCAGCGAGACCUUGGUCUGUACAUAGUCGGCCUUUUCGAUACCUUCCACGCCGCCCGGGCCCUUGGUUACCAAGCUGCCAGUCUAGCCUAUCUGCUCGAGCUACACGUCAACUUCAAAGCCCAAAAACAGUACCAGCUCGCAGACUGGCGUCAAAGACCACUCAGCAAGGAACUGUUCGAAUAUGCACGCGCAGAUACCCACUUCCUCUUAUACAUAUUCGACAACAUGCGCAACGAGCUAGUCAACAAGUCGGACUUUUCUAACCCGGAAAAGAACAAGGUUCAAGACGUGCUUCAAAACUCAAAGGAGACCUCUUUGAAACGAUACGAACACCCCAUAUACGACAGUGAAACGGGUCUCGGAACGGCUGGCUGGUACAAGCUGAUCUCCCGAACGCCUGUUCAGUUUACACGGCAACAAUUUUCCGUUUUCCGAGCAGUCCACGAGUGGAGAGACACUCUCGGCAGAAAGGAGGACGAGAGCCCGCUAUUUAUCAUGCCAAAUCACGCCGUCUUCUCCGUAGCCCGUGACAUGCCUUCGAACAAGGUCGGCCUAUUUAACGCCAUCCAGCAUGUUGGGCACAUCACCCGAGCCCAUGCAGAUGAGCUUGUGGGCGUGGUUGCGGAGGCUAAGGAGAGGGGUGCGAGUGGCCCAGAACUACACGAAGUCCUACAAGCGGUCGCGGAUAUGCAAAGAGCACAAAGGGCCGAGUCGGAAGCUGCAACUAAGAUAGCAGAAGUUGCAGUGACACCUGCUGCUGAGGCUCCCACCAUCCUUGAACGAACUAGCACGAGCCCUGGCCAGAAAGUAUUUAGUUUUCAGGCUGCCCGGGCUCCAGCAUCUGCGUUCUGGGGUCAGCUAUCUAAGGACAUGCUAAUCUCGCAAGGGAAGAAGACGGCUCCGGUUGAAGUUGAUCUUGCUCUACCGCUGCCGGCUCUUACCGCGCAGAUUUUUGCGGAUCCAAACCGAGUCACUCAAGCUACGCCAAAGGCCGAGAAACCUAAACAUACGUUUGUUCCCAAGGACGAACGGCCCGCACAAGACGAACGAACCGAUACGUUCGUUGUAAAACACCUGGGUGGUCGCAAGCGAAAGCGAGGCGACGCUCCAGAAGAAGAAACACUUUCAACACAACCCCUUGACCCGAUGACCAAGGACGAAAUCAUGCUAGACGCUUCCGAGGAAAGCGAAGAUGUAGUUCUUGCUAGAGAAAAGGCGGCCAGAAAAGCUGCACGGAAGCAGAAGAAGAAAGACGAGGCUGCGGCUCAAGCAGCUGCUGGCGAGGCGGAACCGGCGUUUGACUAUGCAAAUGCGAAGUCGGUCCUGCAUGCUGAAGACGGCGAUGACAAGAAGAAAAAGAAGAAGGACAAAAAGAAGAAGAGUGCUGGGUUUGCGCCCUUCUCGGGCAUGACAGAUGCACCCAAAGGGCUACCGAGGGCGCAGAAGGAGAUACCGGGACGGAGUAAAACGUUCAAGUCAUAGUCAGCGGGUACGAAGUGAAGGAAAUUUCUGCAAUUUUGCGUUCUUGUACAUUAUACCACCUGCAUUCCGAUACCAGUCCGACUGAUACUCCUAGUAUCAUGCAAUCCAUCGAGGGCAUGCUUGUGAUGAGCAUUGUCAGCUGCUG